AUGAUUAUCGUUGCUGUGCGCGCACACUGCCGCGGCUCGACAAUACGACGCGUACGGAUCGAAACCGGACGGGUUUAUUUUGAACGGGACGCGGCGCCGUCGCCCGACUUGGCUAGGUUGCCGAGUACCGUUAGCAUCGCCAUUCGCUACAUGCGUCGCCAGUUGAGGAUCAAACUGGCCUUUCCGGAUGAACCGGGCAACAUGAACAAGCGCGGUUGCCUACCAGCGACACUGACCCCUGGCCCCGCCUACAAACUCGAGAUGAGGCGACGCCAGGCCCAG